CCGUCCCCCCGCGGGGCUGCAAAAGUGAACAGCCAAGCAAACGCGUCCGUCUGUCCCGAGGUUCGCUCGCUCCUCUCGUUCAGGUGACCAUGGCCGCAGUUGUCACCAUCCUCAUCCUCACGGCCCUGCUGACUGCAGCCGCUUUCCCCCAUGGAGACCCGCACCCAAACAACACCACGGCAUCAAAGCUCCUGGGGACGUGGCUGUACGUGGCCGGGGCCGCGCAGCUCCCCCAGCACCUCCUGGAGAUGCUGCUCAUCGACCACGGCCACCUGCACGUGGAGCCCCGCGCCGGCCAGCGGGAGCUGCUCGUCACCCAGCACGUCGCUGUGGGGGACCAGUGUCUCACCAACAACUCCACCUACUUCGAAGUCACUGCUGGUGACACCACGCUGGUGAAGCACGCCAAGACCCAUCAAACCGUGGGGUCACUGAUGAACCUCAGCUCUGAAGACCUUUUACUCAUCCAGUACCAACUGCAGAUGGAAAGGACAUAUUUGGGACUGUAUCUCUACGCCCGAAACCUGACCGUGAGCGCAGAGCGCCGGGAGGAGUUCGAGCAUCAGGCCGAGCGCCUGGGGCUGAGUGGGGAGCAGAUCGUGUAUGCACCGUGGAAAACGGAGCUGUGUCAAGUGAAAGAAAUGGAACAAGGAAACAGCGCAGACACAGAGGCGGUGGCUGCGGUCACAGCAUCACCUGCCCUGGGGACGCUCCAGCCCGGGAGCACGGGCAACUGAGGCCACGUUCGGCAAUAAACGUCUUGCUCAAACUCGGUGCGUUUCGUUGCUGAGAUGCCGGAGAGCAGGGGCUCCAAAGAGACCAGAAGCAGAACCUCCAGCGCACCUGUGUGUGGUUCGGCUGGGGGCUGCGAAGUGUCAGGACGAGGUGAGACGUGAAAGGUUUCUCAGCGCCAACUCGGUCACACGGAGCUCAGGAGAGCUCCACUGAAAAAGCAAGGCUUAAAUAAAGCAGUAAUGAAGGCUAACCAGAA